GGAUGUGGUGAAGAUGCACCGGGAUUUAUUUCCCCCGGCCUGGGACAGCCCUCGGGAUCCCGAGUAAAACAAAAUGUCUGAGCUUGUGAGGCUCUGCCUUUGUUACCGGGGCCGGGGCCGGGGCCGGGGCCGGGGCCGGGGCCGGGGCCCUGGCCCUGGCCCUGGCCCUGGCGGUAAGCGAGCUCCCUCUUGGCUACUUGCAUAUUCAGGCCCCUUGGCCGCGCUGUGAGACCUGUGCAGUCCUCCCACCUGUUCAGGAGCAGAGCCUUCGUGGGAGAGGGAGAAAGGGCUGUCACCUGCUUCCUGACACCAACUGACUGCACACCAGACAGACCUUCUCCUGGCACUCACUUCACACACACCCCCCCAGUCCCAACUACACUCGAGCUUAAAAUAUCCUCUUACCCGAAAUCCAGGGGUUUAUUGGGGAAGAGAAUCGAAUUUGUAGUGUCAUGCCAAUUUAGAGAAAAAAUGAGCAAAAAGGAACUCUUAUUGAAUGUCUUUGCCAUAUAAUAUACCAAAGUAAAUCAUGCAAGCUGACCACUGCAGUUUUAUUGCACUUAAAUCCAGUGCUGUUUAUAAUGGUAUAACUGUCACCAGAAUUAGCAGAUCUUGGUUACUUGAAGUCUUAACAUUUAAAUUUAACAAAAUUCAAAACAUUUUUUAUUUCACUUUAAAAAUCACCCUGCUUUACUUAACUUGAGCCCAGAGUGAAGUUCUACCUGUGAAGUGAUUUAAGGAAAAUCCAGUAAAUUCUCAUUUACUGCAAUACCUCAACAAAUCCCAUCUCAAAGGAAGGAUUAAAGUUCAGGCUUGUCUUUAUACAAGAUAAUGUUCAUGGAACAGUGUAAGGCAAAGUACUUUAUUGGCCAGCCAAUUUGCAUUUAGUGGAAGUUUCCAAAGCACUAACGGAGAUGGGUAUGAGAAUUAAACUACACAGUGCUGACCACCCUAAUAACCUUCUUAAGGAACUUAAUAAGUUUAGGUUGUCCGAAACCAUGUGUGAUGUAAUCAUCAUGGUUGGCAACAGGACAUUUUCAGCACACAAAUCAGUGCUUGCAUGUGCUGCUGGCUACUUCCAGAAGCUCUUUCUGAAUUCUGAGGUUAAUACUGCAAGAACAUACGUGGUAGACUUCAUCACCCCGGCAAAUUUUGAAAGAAUCUUGAAUUUUAUCUAUACAGCUGAGCUUUUUACUGAUCUCAUUAAUGUUGGUGUUAUCUAUGAGAUGGCAGAGAAGUUGGGAAUGCAAGAUCUUCUGAAGGCUUGCUACUCCACGUUUCCUGACUUGGAAAAGACAGAAACCAAUAAACCAACAGAUCAAUCACCCGAAGGCUAUGCACCUCUCACUGGGGCUUCAAAUGACCAAAACACCCCCAUGUCAGACUCCAGGGGCCCAGGCCCACAAUUUUGUCAAAACAGAAGUUACAUAAUGCAGGUUGAAGUAGGAGAGAGUUUUAAAAGUGAAGAGCGAAAUCUUGUGAAUGAAAAUGGCCCAAGUAUGCCAGUGAUGUACCAACAGUCAACAAAAACUGAAGAUAACCUGGAGAUGGAAUACAGCCAAUGCACAACAAGUGAGAAUGUGCCUUUGACCUCUAAUAAAGGCCCAUGUGAGCUGUAUGAAAUACAGAGUAAUGGAUAUUAUAAUCAAACCAGUUUACUGGUCACUGGAGAAUCUCUCAAAGAGAGUAGUAAUUCCUGUGUCAGUAACAAUGUCGACCUCCAGGUUCAAUCAAUGAAGGAAAUGGAGUGCAUGCAGUUUGAUGGUAUUGAACAGGAUGGCCUUAAUUUUGAUGACCAUCAAGAGAGCAGAGGUCCUUCUGAAGAAAUAAUCGAGUUAACAGAUGACAGUGAAGAUGACAAUCUUGUCUGUGUUAAGGAUAGUAAUGGUGAAGGUAAGAGUAUGCCAUGCCAGGUGUGUGGCAAGGUCUUGGCAGCCAACAUAGGAAUGAUUAGGCAACACGGUAAACUCCACAUUGAUGCAAAAGAGGGGCUGUGUACUGUGUGUGGCGCCAAGUUCACUGAUAGGAGCUCUCGAAUCACCCAUGUUUUGUCUCAUGUUGGAAUUUUUCUCUUCUCGUGUGACAUGUGUGAAAUGAAAUUUGUAACACAGUGGCAAGUGGCUGGACACAGGAAAGGGAAGCCACAUGAUGCUAACAUUAUUGUCCAACCAAAUACCAUCUUGCCUGCUGAAGCUAAUUUUGGUGGCUCUCCCACAGAACUGUUUUGUGCUGUCUGUGGAAAGACAGUGACUAAAGACUAUCUUGCUGUGAAAGACCAUAUCCUUUCCCAUCUUGACAUGAAAAGUCUCUCCUGUUGUGUCUGUGAGCAGCCAUAUAGAUCAGUCUGUAGCUUAAUGUGGCAUGUUUUAUCCCACAUGAAUAUAUCAAUCUUUUCCUGUUCUGUAUGUGGUAAUAGCUUUGUAGACCGAACUGUUCUAGAGCAACAUAUGGCUUCACACCAGGGUAUGGAGUAUUUAUAUGAAUGUAAUUUCUGCUGUAGAAAGUUUCGGUUAGAAGCCUCUUAUCAGAACCAUGUGAAGAUACAUAAGAGGAAUAACUUGGAUGGCACAAAAGGUCUAACUACUCCACACCAGUGGCUCAAAAAAACCUUAACAACAUCACCAUCAGAUGAGUCUACAAGUGAUGGACAUGUGCCUGGUGUACACCAAGAGACCCUUCUGACCCUUCCCUCAAACCAAGGCAAAGCCAACUCCAAAGGGAACUGGUAUGAAUGUGAAUUUUGUGGUAAAAGGUUUUCCCAUUCUAGUGAGUUUCAGUAUCAUCUCCGAAUCCACUCAGGAGAGAAGCCCUAUGAAUGCAAGCUGUGCCACAAGUUCUUCAGGGGGCGAUCGACUGUCAAAAAUCAUCUAAAGACUCAUUCAGGUGCCCUUAUGUAUUGCUGCACGGUUUGCCAGAAGUAUUGUCCCACCUUGAACCUUAUGAUUAAACAUGUGGAGAUGCACAAAGAUGGGGGCCUACCUCCUGACUUUAACAUUGCACAGACAUUCAUGUACAUCGUGCAUUCCAAACAGUCAGUAAAAAUGAUGGACUAACCCUUACCCGAAAAGGAAACCGUUCCAUUGUUGAUUUGAAAAAACUGUAUUCAGACAUAAACUUCAAAUAAAGUCUCAUUUUAGUGUACAGUGAAA